CCUCCUCUCCUGACACAGUGCUUCAGCCCAAAGUCCAUCACUGAGAGCACCAUGCCUGUAGACCUCAAUGGGAGAUGGGUGCUGGAGACGAACCAGAACUUUGACGACUUUAUGAAAGUUCUGGGCAUUGAUUUCGCCACGCGCAAGAUCGCCCUCCUCCUGUCUCAAACCAAGGUCAUUAUCCAGGAUGGAGACAAGUUCACGAUUAAGACCCUCAGCACCUUCAGGAAUUACGAGAUGAGCUUCACUAUCGGCGAGGAGGUCGAGGAGUACACUAAAGGACUUGACAACAGGGUGGUGAAGACUCUGAUCACCUGGGAGGGCGAGGAAUUGGUGUGUAUACAAAAGGGUGAGAAGGCCAACCGUGGAUGGAAGCACUGGCUAGAGGGAGAUAAACUGCACUUGGAGCUGUACUGUGAAGAUGUUGUUUGUCAUCAAGUGUUCAAGAAACAGGGUUAGUGUUCACUCUCUGUGCUCACUAAAAAAAUGAUAAAUGUAAAAUAACUGUAUUGGCAAUUUAUAUCAAUAAAGAAACCACAAAAUAAAAACACAAA